AUGAAGUUCGGUUUUGCUUCGUUCGCGGCGGCGCUGCUUGCCUACGUCACCCUCGUCGCGGGUAACAAGCCGUUGACGGUGGAUAUUAACAGGCACGAACAGCCGCGUGGCAUUACGCAUCUUGUUUAUGAUAGUAAUCGUUACCUCAAAAAUGUGUACUUGGCUAAGAGGGGUGAGGAUAUUACGUCCGUAGUUAACACUGUAAGGGACGGUAAGCGCAAGGGGACCCAGGUGUUGUACACCGCCCCUUACGGUGGACGCGUAUACAGGGUUUUUGCCUUUGGUGAUGGGGGAUACAACCUUGUAAUCAUUUACGCAAGUGACCAAAUUAAGGCAUGGAGAAGGAGUGGAAAGUGGUUCCAACCUGUUCGUUCCGAGAAGUCCUACCUUAACCGUUACUUCUCGGUUGAAAAUGUCGCUAUUCGCUGCACUGACGAUAAAUUCCGUGACUUCGAUGUUAUGAUCGACACGCAGCGUGACCCUCGUCUGGGCCAGUUCAAGUUGUACAUUACCCUCCACGGCAAGCAGACUGCGCUUGAGAGGGUGCUUGCGUCUAGUGAUGAUGACGCGCCAGUCAUCACAUACGAUGACUUCCUGCAGGAUGUGUCCCUCACUGGAUACAGAUGGCCGAAAUCGUUCCUCGAGUUGGUCGCGGAUGAGAGGCUUAAGGAUAAGGAGAGGCGCUUCCAGCAGAUGUUGAACCAGGCCAAGGUCCAUGCGCGCCAUGAAGAGUACGCGGAGGACAUUGAGUUCUACAUGGUUAAGGAGCAUGUUUACUCCGCAGUUGGUGGCUACGAACUCACGACUCCUGGAUUCAUCCAGGAUGAAGACAUCAUGGCUGAGCUCGAAAGCCUGGAUGCUGAGGAGGCAGAAACACACGCCAAGCAUGAGAAGGCCAAGGAAGAUGCUAGGAAGGCUAUGUUCGACAAUCUCACUGGUACUGCCUGGCAUCCCGAGCCUGAAGAGCCUGAGGAGACUGCCGAGGGUACUGAGGCUGCUGAGGCUACUGAGGCUACUGAGGCCACCGAAGGUGCUGAGACUGAAGGUGCUGAAACCGCCGAAGGUGACGAGCACGUCGACGAAGAUGGAGACGAAGCAGACGUUGUCAUCUACGGUCCGGAUGAUGUGCCUUCUGAGGAUGAGGAAGAAAUGUCUACCCAUGAUUCGGUGUCCGCUAUUUCGACUGAAACUGACUCAUCUGAUGAUGAGAGUGAGAUCGAGAGGGGAAGGCCUAAGCCUAAGAUGCCGUGGUACAAGCGCAUCUUCUGCUGCGCUAAGGGCGACACCCAGGUUUCAGAGGUCGAAGCCCCCGCAGCCAAAGGGAAAUGCCCUAUUACUGUCUCCGCCGACAGUAGCACUGAUGGUGAAUCCCAGGCGGAUGGUGAAUCCGGUGAGGAUGAGAUCGAGUCCAACGUUAGCGGUUCUGUUGCGGGUUCUAGUGGCACUAACACUGAUGAGGAGGGUGAAGAAACCGAAGGCACCGAGGGUGAAGAAGUAGAGGGUGAGGAAACCGAAGGCGAAGAAACCGAAACCGAAGGUGAAGAAACCGAAACCGAAGCCGAAGAGGGCGAGGAAGAUGAAGAAACCGAGGCCGAAGAAGGUGAAGAGGAAGAAGGUAAGCCGGCCAAGUUUUCUGUUACACAUGUCUCAGGUCCCAUGCAAGUUGCUCCUCCGGCUGACGGUUGCAGCCCGACCAUAUCCAGGGAGGAGGCACUCGAGGUAUUGGAGAGCUUCAACCGUGACUCUGGAUGGGUGCACGUCAACGACACUGAGGAAGAGGUUGCGCCUGGUCUUGUCAAGGUCCACUCCAAGUGGGCCCGUGUGACGAAGACCGACCAGGUCGUCAGGCGCUUGCCGAACGGUGAAGUCCAGGUUUGCACUGUUGACGAAAAUGGUGAGGAGGUAUGCGAGGCCCCCCAGGAUGCCGGCGAGGCGUUUGCGGUUGAGGGAAGUGCUAAAGAGGCAUCGGAGGUUGACGAAAACGGUGAAGAGGUUGAGGAAGAUGCUGAAGAGGCAUCGGAGAUUGACGAGGAUGGUGAGGAGGAAUCCGGUGUUGGCGCCACUGAUGAGGAGAGUGUUACCUCGCAGGAUGAGGAUGGUAUGUCAUACGUCGACUCCGAUGAGGAGGAAGAAGCUGGUGAGGAGAAAUCGCAGCGUGGCGAAGGUUCGGAAGCCGGCAGUGUGGCAUCUGCUAAGAGCGGUGCUGUCGAGGAGCCCGUGAUACAGGUUACUCAGGCGCCCACUGCGCAGGCUGCGAAAAAGAAGAAGACCCGUGCCCCGUGGUACAAGCGCAUCUUCUGCUGCGCUAAGGAUGAUGCCGAAGGUUCAGUGGUCGACUCCACUCUCGACAAUGGAGAGCCAUCCCCCGCAGCUGUCGCCGAGUCCGGCAACGAGACCGUCACCGAUGUGGAUGAGGCUGACCGUCAAGACGGUAUGAGCAACAAUGAUGGUGAAGGUGCUGAGCAAACCGAUGCUGAGGGUCCUCAAGCUACGCGUCACUCGAGCCACCUCUCCAGCUUGGAUUUCGACAAAGGAUCUAGCGUUACUGACUCUGGCAAUGACCCGAGAGAACGUGUUGAGGAGGAUGUGACCGCCACCAGCGUUGAAAACGUUGAGAGCUCCCAAUCGGACUCCAAGAACUUGAGGGACUCCGACGUGGCCUCGGACGCUGAGAGCGAAAAGGAUGAAUUGUCUAACCCGAAUGCGAUUUUGACGUAA